AUGCACUCAAGAACACGAACGAACAAGGGUGUCAAGAAUCACAACAUCGUAUCACAGUCCUUCCGACAAAAAAUUCUGCACACGUAUAUUUUCCCAGGAGAUCCUGUUUUAUUCCCUCCUGUAUUUCUGUGGGAAGAGCGUGAAGCUGUGCUUCAUUUCAGUUUUACAAUCGCCGCAUUUACUGGCACAGUCACUCGUUUAUCCACCAUCAUGAUACAAUUACGAUCUAUCUUCGGGCCCAUGGGGCUCCUGGUUUUAUUUUUGGGAGUUGUCCAGGCAAUCGAGUGCACCAACGUGACGAUUGCAGACGCAAGUGAUGCUAUCGAGGUCCGAAAUGAUUGCACGAUAAUCAGCGGAAACCUGGGUUUCGCCAAGGCCUUGAGCGAGACCAUCAAUCUUGAUGGUGUUGAGGAAAUCCAAGGUGACAUUACUCACUCCGGCUGCGAGGAAGCUUGGGAAGACUGCGAGAUCCCAUCCGCUUUCUCGAUUUCCAGUUCCACACUUACGAAAGUCGGGGGUGCCAUUGAAUUUUGGUACUUUCAAGGCCUCGAGGAGAUUAGCUUCCCGAAACUUGAAGUAGUCCAGGGCUCUGUGUCCCUAAAGCGCCUUGGGGAGCUCAAGCGCCUGGAUAUCACGAAGCUCGCACGACUGGGGUACUUUAUACUCGAAGCAGCAAACCUCACGAGCAUGGAGCACGAAGGUCUUGAAGGCUUCACGGGGGAAAACAAGUACGGCACCGUUUCGUUUUGGGCUGCGGCAGUCAAAUCGGUGGACAGCUUUUUCAGCUAUCCCAUCAGUGCCAAUGGCACCGCUGACCAGUCGAGCAUUACCAUCUCAGGCGAGAAUCUCCCUAACGUCAAGAAAAUCAAUUUCGGCUGGGCCAAGGCUCCCGAGCUCUGGGUUUCUGGCAGCGACAUUGCCGUGACUAUUGGAACAUCCAGGACGGCCAGUGUGGAUAUCGACAAUAUUGUGCUUAAAGGCAACGUCACCAAGCUCGAGCGUCACGAUUCGGUGAAGAACUUGACCGUUGGGAGCUUUACUAUGGAAUCAGAUAACGCGAUGGUGGACCUUGAGCUCCCGUUCGAUCAGUUGACAAAACUAAAACUUCUCAACAGCGACGGUCUCCAAAGCGUGAAGCUACCUCAGGCCGCUCUCAACUGGUCAAACUUUGACCUGGAAAUUUCUUCCUGCGACAACCUCAACUUGAGCUCCGAGUACCUUGGCAGCGAGCGAGUGUGGUACUGGCCGGAGACCAAUUUGUCUAGGAUCUCCAUCGCCCGUGUCAACGUAUCCAACGGCUUCUUUGAAUCCUUCAUGGAGAACCAUGCCGAUGGGAACAACACCCAAAAGGUCCUGGAGGAGUUCACAAUAAACCCUAACCCAUCCCAAGCUAUUGCCUUUAAUUGCACGCCCUUUGACGAACUGAAAAACCGAGGUGUAUUGCCUGAUGAUUACAGUUGCAAAAAUGCCACAUCUGUCGCUAGCCCCAUCGCGGUUCAAAACCUGUGGCAUUAUGGGGUUGCCUUUGGGGCCAUCGCUUUCGGUUGCAUUUAAUUAUGAAGGAGGUAUGGGAAUGGCUGAUGGUAUAAAUGAUGUUUUAAUGUAUUGGGUAUGUGCGAAAUAAUUUGAGAGAAAUAUUAUGGGCUGGAAGAGAUAUCUUGGUUCUAAGAUUUAGUGUCGAAAUUCAACUUCUGGGAACAAUGGUCAGAUUUGCAUCAAUGCACGUUUCACCAAAUGAUGUUCGUGACAUGAGAUGAUACAGUCCCAGCAUAGCCAAGGUAUUUUCUCCUAUCGAGUUUCCAUCGGCCAACCGCCUCAAAUGGAACCGGAUGUGGUGCACUUUUCGGCAGUUUGGCGCCGGCCGGCCAAUGGUUCGCUUUUUACAUUUGCACGGUGUCAACCUUGUGUGGCGAAGCGGUCGGUGGCAGUGCACAGCCACUUGAUCUGCGAGCGGGUGCCUAGUCUUGUAUCUUCCCUUUUCCCCAUUGCACC